UCACUCUGCACUCCUGUGGCCCACCUGCCCCAAGGAGGGCUUGCAAAGGAGCAGCGAAGAGGAGCUUUCUCUGGCUGCCCAAGGACGGGGGGAGCCCUAGGCAAACACAUAAACCUAGCAAGUUAAUGUGAGGGCUUCGCCCACUGUUGGUACCAAGUCCCUCUGACUCAGUGAGUUGGAAGGGACGUUUGUUGGCUGCGUCCAGGAACUGCACCCAGCCUCAGCAGGGGACACACUUGGCUCUGUAGAUCCUGUCACCCUUUUGUUGGCAAAUGAUUCCAUUCCACUUGGAUAAUGGAAACUAGUUUUUAGGGAGUAGCCAGUUGAGACAUGGUUCCCAUGUACUUAAAAAGCCCGGGAACAAGAAACAAGAUGGAAAAGUGGGGUACUCCCUUGUGGGCAGUUCCUCCACUUCCUCCAUAAAUCAGUCUCAAGAACAGCUGCUCCCAGCCUUGCUUAGGCUUUGUUCUGGGAGACAGUUCCCACUGAAAGCCUACUUGUGAAAACACUCUGGGAAACACCGGCCUUCUUACUAAAAAUUUUCUUGAAGCCGGGAAAGGUCUAAUUACUGGCUUCACUGAUGGAGAAGCUGGGCACUUUAAAAAUUAUUUUGAAAAAUGGUUUGUUUAGUUGGAGGAUGCUUGAAGAAUGGAGUGACUGCAGGGUCUUUUCAGUUUCAGAGGCAUCUGGGGGUGGGUCUCCAUGCCAGUCCUCAGCAGGCCCUGAGAGGUCGGGCAGUGCUGUCCUCUUGGCCUGGCACCUCAGCAGUCCACCUCCCCACACCCUUCCUUCCUAGGGAGCCGCACAAGGCCUCCGAGGGCUGGGCUGCAGCUCUCUCUGAGGGGAAGUGGGAGCAGCAGUUCAUCCACCUGGAGCCUACCCACCUGCUCGUGAGCACUAUCCCAGCAACGGCUGCAUCCUCAGGACUCUGGCGUGGGGGUCAAGGAGACGGGAGAGGAUCAACAUGGGAGAUGGGACAGCGCAGGGACAAGGGAGAAGGGCCCCAAGGACAAGGAGAGCCAGCCAUGGAAACAGGACAAACACAACUGUACCUCUUCUGCCUGAUGCAAAUGAGGUGCUUGAAAAUGACACAUUGUCCUCGUGGGGCCCUCUGGUUUGUGUCUCUUUGACUUUAUAGAGAGCAACAGCUAAUGAGAAAAAUGUGAACAGUUAUACAGAUCUCGGUGUUUGUCCCAUAAGGUGGGCAUGAGCCCCGACCCCCUUCCCCAUCUUUUAGAUCUUGCCAGACUUUGACCUCUCAAGACACAACUCAGAGACUGGCACCUCAGAAAAGCACUGCAGGAAUACCUGUGCCGGAGGAAAGUACUUGCUGGGGCAAGCAGAAGUCAAUCUUGCAUUCCUCCCUCCUUUUUUUUUUCCUCCCAUUUGACCUUUAGGGCUCUGGUUUCCUGCAAGUAGUGAAUUAUUCACGGGUGCUCAUAGAUAUCAAGCUGCCCCUUUCCAGUCUGCCAGCAGGGUGGGGCAGCGAGGUGGCUUUGUUCAGUCUCAGAGGAGGAGGAGCAACCUCCCUGCUCAAACAACACACACAGCUCCUCCUCCUCCCCACCCUUUUCCUAGACCCUUAAGUGGGCUCACCCCACUGGGCUCUGCUCUUCACCAUGGCUUACAUUGCCAAGUCCUUCUACGACCUCAGCGCCAUCAGUCUGGAUGGGGAGAAGAUAGAUUUCAACACAUUCCGCAGUAGGGCGGUGUUGAUUGAGAACGUGGCCUCCCUCUGAGGCACGACCACCCGGGACUUCACCCAGCUCAACGAGCUGCAGUGCCGCUUUCCCAGGCGCCUGGUAGUUCUUGGCUUCCCUUGCAACCAAUUCGGACAUCAGGAAAACUGUCAAAAUGAGGAGAUCCUGAACAGUCUCAAGUACGUCCGCCCCGGGGGUGGAUUCCAGCCCACCUUUACUCUCCUCCAGAAGUGUGAGGUGAACGGGCAGAACGAGCACCCUGUCUUCGCCUACCUGAAGGACAAACUCCCCUACCCUUACGAUGACCCAUUUUCCCUCAUGACUGAUCCCAAGCUUAUCACGUGGAGUCCAGUGCGGCGCUCAGAUGUGUCCUGGAACUUUGAGAAGUUCCUCGUAGGGCCUGAGGGGGAGCCCUUCCGCCGCUACAGCCGCUCCUUUCAUACCAUUAACAUUGAGCCUGACAUCAAGCGCCUGCUCAAGGUUGCCAUAUAGAUGAUGUGAGCAGCUGCGCACAGGGACCUGCCCCCUCCCCCACCCCUCCCCCAUCCUUUCCCUCCCCUCCCCCUCCAGUCCCUAAGUAUUCUCCUAGCACAGUGUGCUCUCAGGUCCUGCUGGAUCAAGCUUUGCUUAGACCUCACCGCCUUCCCCCAAGAGCCUUGCCCUUCCCAUCUGUUUCCAUCUCCAUUCUCCACCCUCUGGUUGGUGAUCCAACUUGGAGUGCUAGGGCCAGUUGGGCUCUGGGCCUUCACAGAAUGACGGUACCGUCCUAAAUGCUAUGGGUGGUGUCUGAGCAGUGUGAACGGCUGGAGCCAGCCUGCUGGAUGAGUCCAAUAAAGUGCAGGCGAGGAAA